AUGAUGGACAGAAAAAUGUUCAGGGAGACUUUGAGGGAAAUAGAUCCUCCUGACUUUAAAAAAGGAGACAUUAUCAUUGAUGGUCAACCAGCUAAUGCCCCGUACUCUGAGAAGCGUGACUCAUCAGUACGUAGUUGGGUCAGUUCUUUCACCAGCAAAAAUCUCAUAAUAAAUAACGGCGAAGUGAAAGAGUUACAGAAAAGAGUGGUUCGUGAACCAGAUGGUACUGAAGUUCAUACCACGAUUGAACGGUCAUCUGAUGGGGAAAAGAAACAUGUUAUUUAUGUGAGACCUGAUGGUCAACAAUCCCAAACUGCGAAUAGUGAAGAUUUACUAAUUAUGGACCCAAGCCCAUCCAUGAAAGAAUACCAAUCAGAAAACAAGUCUUCAGGAAUUUUCGACGCAUUACGGCGUUGGUAUUACGGGAAUUAA